AUGUCUGCACACGAUGGUUCAAAACGAAAGGGUAGAACAAUAUUGAGCUUUUUCGGACCAUCAGCUCAAAAGAAAAGCAAAUCGAAUGACGAGAUUGGGUUAGAUGAGUCAGAAAAAUCGACUCCUGUGGAAGAUGUGUUUUUAUCUCCACCGGAAACAUCACAGUCUUCGAAAACUACGGUACAUGAUUCUACUAGUACAUCGCAAGAGCGUGAAGAUGACAUCGGGGGUGAACCGUCUUUCGCGGGAAUGCAAACUUCAAGGUAUGUCCGACAUUUUCAAGAUAAGUGGCUACGAGAUUUUAAAUGGCUACAAUAUGAAGCUUCCAAGAAUGCAAUGACCUGUAAAGUGUGUAUCAAGCAUAAUAAACAGAACACUAUGACCAAAGCGAAUGCUAAUUUCCGAACAAGCACACUUACUCGCCAUGCAGAAUGUAACGAUCAUAAAGCAGCAAUGAUGUCAGAUUCAAUGAUUUCCGACUUUCAGAAGGCGGUAAAAAAUGUUCACACUGAAAAGGAAAAUAGCCUGUUGGUUGCUAUACGUGUAGUGUUUUGGCUAGCAAAAGAGGACAUUGCAAUUAACAAAUAUGAUAGCCUACUUAACCUGCUUGAGCAACUUGAAUGUCCACAUGUGACAGGACUCAGAACAGGAAAAAAUGUAACUUACGCUUCCAACAAAGCAGCCUGUGAAAUGCUAGAGUCUCUUGCCACUGUUAUCCGAAAAGGACUUGACAAUAGACUGUUAAAGUCGCCUUUUGUCAGUGUUCUGUGUGAUGAGACCACAGAUAUUGGUAUUAAAAAAAAACUGGUUGUCUAUAGUAGAAUUUUAAACCCGGACUCCUUCAAACCAUCAACACAUUUUCUAUGCAAUUUGGAAGUAAAAAGUGGAACAGGCAAAGCCAUUCACGAAGAAUUGUCUGGUGUUAUAAAAGAAAAACAGCUUCCACCAACCAAGAUAAUGGGCCUUGGUACAGACGGGGCCACCGUUAUGACAGGGAAAGGACAGGGUGUAACUGGCUACAUGUUAAGAGAAAACCCAAUGAUGUUAAAUUACCACUGUAUUGCACAUCGUUUAGCAUUGGUAACAUCUCAGGCAGCUGAUGAGGUUUCCUACUUGGUUGAAUACCAGCGAAUAAUGACUGGGAUUUUCUACUUUUUUAAGGCAUCAUCAAUCGUACAACAAGAUUAA